UUACUGUAUCUUUCUCUCUGUCCCUCUAUUUAUACAUCCCUCUCCUGUCUCAAGAAACUCAUCAAAGAGAGAAAGAAAAAAAAUGUCUCCAGCAGGCUCAGGUUCAGGUUCAGGUUCAGGUUCUUCAAGAUGGAGCCCUACCACGGAACAACUCAUGAUCUUAGAGGAGCUCUACAGGAGUGGCAUUAGAACUCCUAGUGCCUCACAAAUUCAGCAAAUUACCACACACCUUUCUUUCUAUGGCAGAAUAGAAGGAAAGAAUGUGUUCUACUGGUUUCAGAACCACAAGGCUAGGGAUAGACAAAAGCUCAGAAGGAAACUCACCAAGCAACUGCAGCUACAGCAACAACAACAACUCCAUCAUUGCCAUCUCAAUCCAGAUAUCACUAACCACUAUUUUGCUGCUGCUGCUGCUGCUUAUUCCCCUUGUUCUUCAACCCCGGAUUUUCCCUUUUAUAACCCUCCCACCUUUCUCUUUCAGGGAGCAGGAGGAUCUGUGAACACAUCUGAACAGGCAUUGAAUUGCGCAUGGAGGGAAGGGGUGACCUUCUACAACAAUGGUUGGAGUACACCUAUGAAUGUUAACAACCAAGCAUCUUCAUCUUCAUGUUGCACUUCUUCUUCUCGACCCCUCAAGACCCUUGAUCUCUUUCCGCUCACUACCACCAGAACCGAUGAAGACUGCACCACCCCACCACCCAAGUAGCUCUAGUUUUAUUGUUCCAUUUUCAUCCGCAUGUUAAUAACUCUUUCUUAAGAGAAUUAAUCUCCAAACUUAAUAUUCUUAGGAAAUGAAUUAAUCAUUCUGGAAUGUACCAGUUAGCAAGAGAGAGCAGUGCUUAGUCUUGUACGUAGGAUCUUUGGUUGUUGUUGUUGCACCAUGUGAAAGAAUGAUCAUAGCUCGAUACUUUCAUUCUGGUACGAAUCCUGUGGGUACAUGAUGAUACCAAGACAUUGUAAUGAACCGUGAUGUCAUUUAUUUCUAAAUGUUAAAUGUUAUUG